CCCGUUUUCUUAUUUUUUUUUAUUCCGCGCGGACGGAGUCGCGGGAAAAAGCUAGUAUCUGAUAUUUUAGAUUCAACGAAUACUCGCUCACUCGAUUUACCACUACGCGAUACGAUACGCGUCGGUCGCAUGCGAGUGACAGAGCGCGUGAGACACAAAUAUUACACUAGUUAGAGCAGUACAGCAAUACACAAUAUCAGAUUUUUGAACGGAUUGUAUUAUUAUUGUUGAAUGGACAGACCAAAUGUCAACAAAGCUUAGUUUCAAAUAAAUAUUAAUCAUGGUAUCGAUAUCCAUGAUUUGUUUAGAUUUUGUUUAUUUACGCUUGAACUCGAGCGCAUUGUUUUAGCAAUAUUAAAUAUUCAUUAUUUAAUUGUGUCGGAAUAGUUGCCGAAUUUUAAGAUCAUGGACGAGUCACCAGGACGCUCGAAUCGAGACUCCAGUCGGCGUACACUGGAGACACCCAGUCGAGAGGAUCGCUGACGUAGGCGAAGCGGCUUAAGUAUUCACAAUCGGAAUCGACACGGAGACGAGCAAAACCUUCUGCUGGGUCGACAGAGGGCACAGAUGCUGGAGCAGGAGUUACGCCGAGAGCGUGAGCGACUCCGUGCGACGGAGGACCGUCGUCGAUCAUCGACACGAUGAGUCAGCGAGCGUCGCGAGCCCUCCGGACGUCGGGAAGCCGAGCGUCGAGUGGAGCUACGUGCCAGCGCGCGCCGUGAGCUCUCCAAACGUCGGGAAGCUGAGCGUCGAGUGGAGCUACGUGCCAGCGCGCGCCGUGAGCUCUCCAAACGUCGGGAAGCUGAGCGUCGGGCAGAGCCAGGUGCCGAGCAACAUAGCAACGCAGAAGAGAAUAUAAGGUCACGUAGUCCAUCUUUUUCUAACAAUGAUCUUGUUAACGUUUUAAAAUUGAUGACAGAGGAUCUGUCGUCACAGCCACAUAAGCAAAAUGCACAGUCGUCUCAAAAGAUAGAAACAUAUUACCUAAUUUUGACCCUUCAACUAAAAAUCAAGGUAUUGAUAUAUGGCUGAAAAAGAUCAACGAAUGUGCAUCCGUAUAUGGUUGGGACGACAGAACUACUACUCACUUUGCAAUGCAGAAACUCCAAGGCCUGGCUAAAAUGUGGUACGAAAGCUUAAACUCUAUUCUUUUCAGUUGGAACGAAUGGCAGGAUAAAUUGAUAAAUGCAUUUCCUUGCGAACAAAAUUAUGGCCAGACCUUAGAAGAUAUGCUAAAAAGAAAGAGUAAAUUCAAUGAGCCUAUUGAGGUUUAUUAUUAUGAAAAGCUUGCUCUCGUGAAUCAAUGUGAUAUAGUAGGAAAGCGUGCCGUGGACUGCGUUAUUCACGGCUUGUCAGACAGGACUCUUAGAUCAGGUGCUUUGGCAUUACGUUGCAAUCACCCUGACCAACUUUUGCAGUUCUUAGUGAGCAAUAAAGAUACUUUUCAGCCUUCAGCGGACCGCGGUCAUUUUCGUAAUAAACUUUUAGACAGUACACAUCAGACUUAUAACCAAAACCAAAAACCUAAAGUUAUAGCUAGAUCGGGUCAGCCUAUUGGCUGCUAUAAUUGCAAGGAAAAGGGGCAUAGCUUUUUACAUUGUUUAGGACAACCUAUAUUGAACCUAUAUUAAAGUGCCAACGAUGCAACAAAAUCGGUCAUACUAUAGAAACCUGUUUUAGCAAGUUAGGGGAAAAGCCAACGGAUACUAGCGCUACUAUUUCAAAAACAAUGCGUAUAGAUUCUGUCGAACAAGAUACUAGAAACACAACCUCCAAGUUUAUAAAAGAGGUUAUUGUUAAUGGGGUGCCCCUACAGGGGUUCAUAGAUUUUGGGAGUGAGGUUACUUUAAUUAAGGAGUCGGUAACCAUGGAGUUAGGCUUGUUUCAUGAUAACACGUCGUCUCAAAUGAAAGGUUUCGGUAAUAGUGUUGUACAAUCUCUUGGAGAGUUGUCGCUCGAUUUGAGUAUAGACGAUGUCAACGCCAGAGUUAUUUGUAAGGUAGUGUGUGACGACUUUUUGGAGAAGCCUUUGUUAAUUAGUCAGACUUAUACGGAACUUCCCCAUAUAGUUGCUCAUAAAAAUGCUUCGGAAUUGAAAUUCUUUGAUAACUGCGAUAAAUUACCUUUUUCUGAUGUUGAAAUUGAAAGUGGAAACUGUUUAAAGGUUCGCGCUUUAGGAGCUGUUAAAUUUUGGGGUCCUAUUUCGAUCAGAGCCAGCGUUGAUUCUACCAUUAGUGGCAGUAUUUUUCUGAGAAAUAGUGUAGCAGGAAAACCCAAUCAACAAUUUUCAGUUUGCGGAGGACUUUAUAAUGCGACAAAUGGUCGUGUAAGUAUAUUUGUAAUUCCCCAUGAUAAUUUCUGCUUAAUUCCAAAGGAUAGUAUCUUUUGUAGAGCUGAAAAGGCCUAUUUAGUUAAUAGGGUUGUUUUUGAGACACUUGAACAAGUGAGUGAUCCUGCUGAUAGUAAAUUCGAUGAAAGUCAGGUUCGCAUUUGCCAAAAUAUACCUGUUGAUACCGAGAACCGAUUGCUUUGUUUGCUCCGAAAGUACAAGUAUUGUUUUGCGUCAUCUUUAAGGGAUCUAGGUUGUACUAACGUUGCCCAAAUGAAAAUAGAGCUUAGCAGUCAACGUCCUGUUGUGUACCGCCCGUAUCGAUUGUCACAUCAUGAGCGCUCUCAAGUCCGUUCAAUGGUAGAUGAAAUGUUAGAAGCAGGUAUAGUGCGCGAAUCAUCUGAUUAUGCUAGUCCUAUUCUGCUUGUGCGUAAGAAAGAUGGGUCCAUUAGAAUGUGUGUAGAUUAUCGCAUACUAUAGCAGGCAAACAUCGCCGGAAGAGAAGAAUUUCCAUUCAUAUGAAUUAGAAACUUUAGCAGUAGUUUGUUCCCUACGAAAGUUUCGAGUUUAUUUGCUAGGGAAAGACUUGUAAAAUUGUUACAGAUUGUAGCGCCUUUCGGUCUACUUUUACUAAACGGGAUUUUAUUCCUAGGAUAGCGCGCUGGUGGCUGCAAUUGCAAGAAUUUAAUUGCACAAUUGAAUAUAGGGCCGGAACAAAAAUGGGUCAUGUUGACGCGUUAUCCCGUAAUCCUGUCGUCGAUCCCAAUGAGGAUCAAUCUGCUAAUCCUCUAACAGUUAUGCCUAUUUCAAAUGAAGCCUGGUUACAUACCCUCCAGCUUGGAGAUUCAGAACUUAGAAGGAUUAGGGAUAUUUUGGAUAGUAAUCUAGAUCAGAAAGGCUUGCAAUAUAUUGAGGAAAAUUAUGUGGUCAAGGACAACAAAUUAUUUCGUUUUGUAGGUGAAGACAAGAAAAAUGUGCGCUAGGUAGUACCUAAGGGUGCGAGAUGACAAUUAUGUCGAAUGAAUCAUGACGAAAUCGGUUAUUUUGUAGUUGAAAAGACUUUGGAGCGAUUAAAGAAAAGCUAUUGGUUCCCAAAAAUGACACGAUUCGUUAAAAAAAAUUCGUGAGCGCCGGUAUAGAAUGCGCAUACGCUAAAAAUAAGCAAAGUGGUAGGAAAAGUUUUCUUCCUAUAACAAAAGUGGAGGUACCUUUUCAUACACUACAUAUUGACCAUCUCGGACCCUUUGUUAAAUCCAAGCGAGGCUUUUCUUACCUAUUAGUAGUCGUAGACGCUUUUGCAAAGUUUUGUUUUAUCAGACCGGUUCGAAAUACGCACACUCAAAAUGUAAUAAGGGUGCUAGAAGACAUAUUCAGGGUAUUUAGAACUCCUGAUCGCCUCGUGAGUGACCGUGGCAGCUGCUUCACGUCACAUAUGUUCAAAAGAUUUUGCCUAGAUGUAGGUAUUAAACAUGUCCUGAAUACUGUCUCUAGUCCCCGUGCAAACGGGCAAGUCGAGCGAUAUAACCGCACAAUUCUCGACUCUAUGAAGGCUUUCAGCGUAAAAGAUGGCGAAAAAGAAUGGGACUGUCAUUUAGGAAAGAUUCAGUGGGGACUAAACAACACUAUACAAAAAACGACCCGACGGACACCAGCCGAAGUGAUGUUUGGUACCUCUAUGAAUGUUUCAGCUAACCCUAUACUUAAUGAGAUUUCCAAUGAAACCCGCGAAUUUACUGAUUUACCCACUAUACCCCAAGAAGUUAAAAGUAGGACUGACAAUGAACAAAUUAAGCAAAAACGGUAUUAUGAUAAAAGUAGGAAACCUGCGCACGCAUACGCGGAAGGCGACCUUGUAAAAAUUACUAAAACGUGCCUUUAUAAUGAAGGGCAAAGUAAGAAACUCAUGCCGUCGUAUAUCGGGCCUUACCGGGUUACAAAGAUCUUGGGUACUGAUCGAUAUGUAGUAGCUCCGGUACCUGGUUUAUGCAAUACUCAGGGCAAACGUCCAACUACUGUUGCUGCGGAUCGCAUGAUGCCUUGGAUCCAUAUGGCUGCGCUUGAUGUAAAUGAGAACUCUGAAUCUGCUUCCGACACAUAUAAUGAUUAGAUAUACUUAGUUUAUAUUUUGUUGGCCCUUGAGAGGCAUGUAACUACAGAAGGGUUUUAUUGUUUCAGAUUGGACGCGAGAAUCGAUUGGUUCGCGUCUGAUCAGCUACGAGAAGGCUAACCGUUCCUCUUGCUUAAUCGAUCGGCUUGAGUGAAUGGUUAGUAAAGUAUCCCUCUAUUAAUCGAUCAUCGACGGAUGCGAGAAUCGAUUGGUUCGCAUUCAAACUGCUGUGACAGAGCUACUCGUUCCUCUUGCUUAAUCGAUCGGCUUGAGCGAAUGGUUAGUAAAGUAUCCCUCUAUUACUCGAUCAUCGACGGAUGCGAGAAUCGAUUGGUUCGCAUUCAAACUGCUGUGACAGAGCUACUCGUUCCUCUUGCUUAAUCGAUCGGCUUGAGCGAAUGGUUAGUAAAGUAUCCCUCUAUUACUCGAUCAUCGACGGAUGCGAGAAUCGAUUGGUUCGCAUUCAAACUGCUGUGACAGAGCUACUCGUUCCUCUUGCUUAAUCGAUCGGCUUGAGCGAAUGGUUAGUAAAGUAUCCCUCUAUUAAUCGAUCAUCGACGGAUGCGAGAAUCGAUUGGUUCGCAUUCAAACUGCUGUGACAGAGCUACUCGUUCCUCUUGCUUAAUCGAUCGGCUUGAGCGAAUGGUUAGUAAAGUAUCCCUCUAUUAAUCGAUCAUCGACGGAUGCGAGAAUCGAUUGGUUCGCAUUCAAACUGCUGUGACAGAGCUACUUGUUCCUCUUGCUUAAUCGAUCGGCUUGAGCGAAUGGUUAGUAAAGUAUCCCUCGACUAAUCGAUCGUUGAGGUAAUUUUGAAGUUUAUCGACUAAUCGAUAGUCGAUCACCAGGUAUCCUAAUUAAUCGAUCGUUGGGAUCUUAGUUCUUAAGAUAAAACACAAUUAAUCGAUCGUUGUGAUAUGUAUCUGACCAAUAAUUAAUUUAAAAUCUCAAAAGCAAGUAUUUGUUAUGAUUUCUAAACUAUCUCUAAUUUGAAGUUGCUUUUUAUUUUUUGUUUUUUUAGAAGUAUAUACAUACUUA